AUGGCUAGAGUCCUGCUGCUCGUUAUCCUUCUCUUUCCUUGGCCUGAAAUUACUGUGAAUCCACCUCUGAUCACAGAGACGGACUCAGUCACACUGAGCUGUCAGACUCCAUCAUCUGUUUCUGUGCCUCAGUGUGAUUUCUACAUUGCAAACUCAGUCACACUGAGCUGUCAGACUCCAUCAUCUGUUUCUGUGCCUCAGUGUGAUUUCUACAUUGCAAGCCAGAAACUGUCCAAAGGUUCCUCCUGUGUGCAGACACUGACAGCGACUGAGCUGCUGAACAUUGCACAGAACAGUUUACCUGCUGAGGUUGAAGUGAGAUGUUCUUACACUGUACAAAUUUAUACUUUUAAACGUACAUCUCCUGACAGCGAGCCAUCCACCAUCAACAUUAUCGAUCUUCAUCCACCUAAACUGACAGUGAGCCCACAGAUGAUCACAGAGACAGACUCAGUCACAGUGAACUGUCAGACUCCAUCAUCUGUUUCUGUGUCUUGGUGUUAUUUCAUCAUUUCAGGAGAUAAAACUGAUAAAGCAGCUCCUUGUCUGCAAACUCUGACAGGGUCUGAAUUUCUGUCAUGGACACGUCAAAGUUCACCUGUUACACUUGAAAUGACCUGUUAUUACCUUAAUAUACAGAAAUCUCCAGUCAGUAACAUGUCACCAAUCAUCAUACAGACUCCUCGGCCUGAACUGACAGUGAAUCCAGCUGUGAUCACAGAAACAGACUCAGUCACAGUGAACUGUCAAACUCCAUCAUCUGUUUCUGUGACUCAGUGUUUUUUGUACUUUAUGAGAAGAAGAAAAUCCACGUCAAUCUCCUGUCAGCAGACACUUACAGCAACUGAGAUCAUCUUUAUGGCACAGCAGAGUUCACCUGCUGAGGUUCAAGUGGCAUGUUUUUACAUGACAGAGCGUAAAGGAGGACAAUACCAGUCUCCUCACAGCAUCAUAUCCUCCAUUAGUAUACAACGUGGCGCUCUGCGUAUUCCUGACAAUGGGCACAUCAAUCUGUUCAGGGCAGGUGGCGCUGUCCCCGAUGUCAAAUUUGGCAGUUGA